UUGGAUUUUGGUGACGAUUUUCACGAUGCCGGCUGAGUUUCCUGAAGAAAUUACCGGCUCCAGCGCUGCAAAACGCCUUGUGAAGAGAAACAUUUCAGGUCCCCGUCCCCGGCAGACCUUGGAAAGUUUUCGCAAAUCUUCUAUCGACGACGGAGCCGCUACCGAAGCAAUACUUUCUGCCUCCCAAGAUAAGCAUUCGUUCAAUGCCAACAGUGCAGAAACGAGUGUGAACAAAUCUCGCCAAGCGCUCACCGAUGAAGAAGAAACAUCAGACAACGAUGAGGAAUUCACAGAGGAUAGCGAGAAUGGGCCGGAUUUGGUGCCUCGCACCCGACAGUCUACGCCAGUCAUUACAAGACGGCACCGAACACCUUCCUUGAAUGGUGUUGAUAGUAUCCCCUUCAUCGCAGAACGCAUCCCAUCACCUCCAAAACCAUCUCCGAAACCACGCGUUAACGAUGUGGAGACCGGAAACACGUUCAUGUCUCUCGUCAUAGUGGUGGCUGUGUUGCUCAUUAUCGUUGCAGGACUAUUCUCCGGAGGAGUCGCUAAGAAGAAAGCAGCAAAGACCGGGCCACCAUGCAUCCACUUUGAUAUUCUCGAGUCUAGUUACCACUCGAUCGACAGCACGCUGUGGGAUUCGCUGGAUUGUAGUGUCCGGCAGGCAACGCACACCACAGCACGACCGAAACCAGGAACCUUUCUGUUUAUGCACAACGGUGCACCAUCCGUCGUGAGCCGGUUCCUGGAGAACGUAACGAAAAUUACGAGCGAUUGCUUUGGUGGCACGGCACCGAUCGUGCUUGGGAGCGAGCGCUUCAAGCAGCCGGAUAUCGCGGGGGAUUUCGGAGUGUUUGUGGCCGAGUACGCACAGGCACUGCGGGAGCGCAGCGUGAUGGUGGUACGAAACUUGGAGGAUAUCCCACCGAAGGCGGCCCAGGCGUUCCACAGUAUCUGUGAUCCCGAGGAACCGCUCGUUAGCCGGGCGUUGAUCUAUCUCACGAUGGACAUCUCGGCGGCACCGAAAGCGCUGGUGGAAUCGGCGGGCAGUAGCGAGACGGCCAAAGCGGAGAAGUUGCUGAAGCAGAUGUGGCAAGAUUCGCUGCGACCGGAGAUACUCGAUCCGUUGAUAACGCGCCUCACGGAAAACGUGUAUCGCAUCGUGUGAUUUAAAGAUUGUGUGAUUUAUGAACGUUGUCCUUUUAAGCAGUAUAUUAUCGGUUAUUGGAUCCUCAAGCAGCGGAAUGAAGACAUGAAUUACAGUUACAAAUUAACAGUUAUUCUGUAAAUAUUUGAGAAAUCCUUUUGCGCGGAAUAAAUCAACAGAAAAAAUCAA